AUGGAAUUCACGAAAAAUGAACGUUUAAAAAAUCGUCCAUUUAUUUCUGUCGAAUUAGAAAAAGUACGUCCAUUUCCCUGUCUUGAACAAUUAAUUGAACCGUCGGAUUUAAUUUUUGUUUCAAAAGAUUUUGCACAAUUUAAAGGUUGGAAUGAUAUGGAGGCGGCAAUUAAUGGAAUUCAACAAGAAAUGGGAGAAUCUUCAAAAAUAGUGUUUUGUGCUUGGGGAGAAAAAGUUUUUGCUGGUGCAGCAGUUAGAGAAUCAUUUACUAAUAAAUCUUCAAUUAAUAUUCCUCCUCCAAAAUUAUAUAUUCAACCAAUAUUUCCAUCAUUACACCCAAUAAUAGAUACUUUAGGGGCUGGCGAUUGUUUUAUAGGAACAGCUUUAUUUAAUUUAUGCCAAAAUAAUAAAUCUUUAAAAGAAGUUUUGGCUGAAUCUGUCAGAAUUGCAGGAAUUAAAUGUACACGUAAAGGGCUCUUAAAUUUGGAUGAUUUGGCUGAAUAA